AUGGAGCGCGGUCCGAUGGUGGACGAGGCGCAGGCGGUGAACCUGGCGCGGCAGCUCGCAUCGGCCGUGGCGUUUUGCCACGCGAGCGGCAUCGUGCAUCGCGAUAUCAAGCCCGACAACGUGCUCGUCGUCAUGCGCCCCGUGGACCAUCACCAUCACCUCCCGUCGUCCCCUUCCGCUGACGACUCCGAUCUGCUGGCCGUCGAUUUCCCCUCCGGUUCCCGUCGUGGCGCUUCGCGGUCGCCGUGCUCCUUGGCCUCGUUCUGCCUGCUGGACUGGCUCUCCACCCCCGACGCUGCUCCCACUGCGGAGAACUCCGAGUCUCUGUCCACCUCGUCCCACACCGAUGACCGCUGUGGGAGCGCCGCCCACAACACUUCAGGAAUUGAGAAUGCAGGGGGGUCCGCGGACUUGGAAGCCGAGUCUCCGCCGGCAGCGCCGAUGACGAGCGCACAGCGCCGUGAGCUGGUCGUGGGAGUGAAGCUGACUGACUUCGGGGGCUCUGCCGUGCUCAAGGGCGGGCUCAGCGGUGUGGUUCGAGGGCGGGGCGCGGGAACGCGCGGGUACAUGGCGCCGGAGGUGAUCACGGGACAGGCGUACGGGUGCAAGGCUGACGUGUACAGCCUCGGAAUCACUCUGUCCACCAUGCUGACGGGGCAUAUCCCUGCCACGCCUGUGGACUUUUCCAAGCCCAUCUGGGAGAACGUGCCAGAAGGCGCGAAGGAUCUAAUCCGUCAGAUGCUUUACAUGGACCCAAAUCAACGGCUGAGUUCGUUUCAGGUGAUGGAGCAUCCGUGGCUGAAUCAGCCAGAGGCGAGGCGUGCGGAUGUCACUACCAGGUACCCCAGCCUGCUGCAGCCUUCAGCAAUGGUGACGACGGAGAUGGCGUACGGUCAGGGCAGUACAACCAAGGGCGGCAGCUGCGGGGUCAGUGGGAGUAAGUUCUGCAGUGCUCAAAGAAAUGCAGAGCGCAGCCCUCCAGUGGAGUGCGAAGCAGCAGCUCCAUGA